GACGGACUGGUACGACGUGCGAGCCAAAGGGGCGGAGCUUCGCUUGCUAUUCGAUCGGCAUAAAAGCGGAGCCCCUGCCGGUUGGUAGGUAUCACUUUGCGCGCGUAUCCCAGCCGAAGCAGUCGAAGCUCGAAACAUGGCACCACCGAAAGCAAGCGGAAAGGCCACCAAGAAGUCGCCCGCCGCCGGCAAGGCCCAGAAGAUCAUCGUCAAGGGCGAAAAGAAGAAGAAGAAGAAGCCACGCCGAAAGGAAAGCUACGCUAUCUACAUCUACAAGGUGCUGAAACAAGUCCACCCGGACACCGGUGUCUCGUCGAAGGCUAUGAGCAUCAUGAACAGCUUCGUCAACGACAUCUUCGAACGGAUCGCCGCCGAAGCCUCCCGGUUGGCGCACUACAACAAGCGGUCGACGAUCACCUCCCGGGAAAUUCAAACCGCCGUCCGGUUGCUGCUCCCCGGCGAGUUGGCCAAGCAUGCCGUUUCCGAGGGGACCAAGGCCGUCACCAAGUCACAAGCUCGAAGUAGACGAGACAUCGAUCCCCGCACCCCGAAAAAGGCCCUUUUCAGGGCCACUGCAACCCUCCCGCGUAAGAGUUGAUUCCGAAAUAUAGAUCCAAUAAGUGGGGGCAAACUUUCCCAUCGUUGUUUUAGCUGGCAAACGGUGUCAUCCUUGCAUCUCCGCGAGUGGAGCAACUGGUACGUAACCAGAGCUAGAGUAACAUGCCGGGAGUAUAAGCUUC